AUGCCGCCAAAAACAAGUACAACACGACUACCAAAGUCGGUCCUCGAGGAACUGGGUCUAGGCGGCGAUAACCUUAAGUCCAGCAGCACCAAAUCCAGUACAUCAACCGGUGGCAGAAGCGCUAGGAGCUCACGAAAUGGAAAACCUCUGGGCAGAAAAGAACAACGACGGCAGGAACGCAUAGUGAAGGAAUCUCAGCAUCAGCAGCGACGGGUGAGUCGUGCUUCGGGCCCCCCGGUUUCACCAUCGCCCUCUCCCCCACCUCCAGCGCCGAUUAUCCGGGGGAAACCAAGGGAACCAGAAGCCAAAGAGAAGAACGAAAGGAAAGGAAAACACCCGGGACCGGUACUUAAGUCCAUCCUCAAGAAACCGAAGCCAGUGAGGGCCAAAGAUGAAGAAGGGGAAGAGGUGUGGGAGCCAAAACCUGUGCUUCGGAGGGCCGUGAGGGAGAAGCUUGAGCAGGAUGAUAUGGAGAUUGAGUAUUUGGAAAAUAAAUUGAAGAUUAAGGGGAAAUUGCCAAAAGCCUUUCAAGAGGAUGGACUGGACUUUUUGUUCGAAGGAUUGGAUGAGAUCGAUCGGGAUGAGGCAGUACAGCCUAGGCCAAACGAGAGGAUGAGGGAACGUAAACCGGGAUCACACAAGGGGGCGCAUCAACGGAAGGAAGGGGAGGGAGGGGGGGAUGACAGCGACGGAGAAGAUGAGGAAUUAAAUGACGAGGGUGAAGAUGUAAAAGGCAUGGAUGAGGAUAUGAGUGACAUAGAGGGUGAGGACGAAGGCGAUGAGGAGGAAGAUGAAUUCAUGGGAAUCGGCCCGGAUAUAGAAGAUGAUCAGGAAGCAGGGGAUAAUGCCUCUCCGAGGAAAAGCGUUUCCGCAACUCCCGGCGCACCGAAAUACAUUCCACCGUCACUUCGAAAAACUCAAGCCACUGAGCCCGAGAAGCUCGCCCGCCUCCGGCGGAAGUGCCACGGUCUCCUCAAUCGUCUUUCGGAAGCCAAUCUCACCCCAAUUCUUUCGGAAGUGGAAGGACUCUAUACUACUAAUCCCCGGGGCGACGUCACAUCCACACUCUCCAGCCUCCUAAUAACCAUUGCUGGUGAUCAGUCGGCUCUGUCAGAUACCUUCAUGAUACUACAUGCUGGCUUUGUCGCUGGGAUAUAUAAAAUCAUGGGAAUGGACUUUGGAGCUCACAUCGUACAAGCUGUCAUUGAGGAUUUUGACGGAUACUACCGCAAAGUGAACCGAAUCGAUGACCCAGCGAGUGCCGGCAAGAAAUGCACAAAUUUAAUCAGUUUCAUUUCAGAGCUCUACAAUUUCCAGGUCGUGGGAGCUGUGCUCAUUUUCGAUCUUUUGAGGAUAUUUCUGGAAGAGAUAACUGAAUUGAACACAGAGUUACUCUUGAAAGUUGCGAGGAAUUGUGGCUACCAAUUACGACAAGACGACCCGACCUCCUUAAAGGAUCUUGUUAUCAUGAUGCAGCCCGCUAUUGCUAAGAUUGGCUAUGAAAACCUUAGCAUCAGAACGAAAUUUAUGAUCGAAACGUUGACAAAUCUUAAGAACAACCGUUUGAAAGCGGCAGCCGCUAACUCAGUUGUAGUUGCGGAAGCAACAAUUCGCAUGAAGAGACUUCUGGGGGCUCUGAACAACGGCCGAAUACGGGCAAGCGAGCCUCUGCGUAUCUCUCUGAAGGACAUCAGGAACACUGAUGCAAAGGGGAAAUGGUGGCUUGUCGGCGCAUCAUGGGCAGGGAACCCAGCAUCCACAUCGACAUCCACAGCUUCUGGACUGCCCAGUAAAGCCCCCAAGAAGUCUAAGAAAGAUCCGGAAGACCUCGACUUUUACUCGAACACAGACCUCUUGCAAUUAGCCCGAGAGCAACGAAUGAACACAGACAUCCGACAGGCAAUCUUCGUAGCCAUCAUGUCUGCGGAAGACUAUACGGACGCAUACCUCCGUAUUCUAAAACUCCGACUAAAGCGCAAGCAAGAGCCUGAGAUACCCCGUGUUCUCAUCCAUUGCUGCGGUUCAGAAGCUUCAUACAAUCCCUACUAUACACUCGUUGCCCGAAAGCUCUGUGCGCAGAAUAACCUGCGUAUGGCCUUCACAUUCAGUCUUUGGGGGGUAUUCCGUCGUAUGGGCGAGGGCGAGGGGGGAGGGGAGGCGGAUCUCUUUGGCGAAGAUGGCGAGAACGAUGAAGACUUAGACAUGCGGAAGAUCCUCAAUCUUUCCAGGAUGUACGGGACCUUGGUCGCCCAGGAUGCUCUAGGAUUAGACAUACUCAAGAUUCUUAACAUAGCAUACUUGCAGAGCAAGACUAAGACUUUCCUGGAGCUGAUGUUCAUCACGGUCAUUCUGCAAACGCUUGGCCAGGAGGAUGGCGUGGAGGAGAGUCUUAAAAGGGUGUUCAUCAAGAUAAAGGAGAACCCGGGGUUAGUUCGUGGUGUGCUUUUCUUCUUGAAGAAGCAUGUUAAGGGAACUGAUGUCGUGACCGAUAAAGCUGAGGCGGCGGUCGUAGCUCGGGGUGUGCGUUUCUCGUCGCAGCUUUUGGGGUCUUUCAUUGCGAAGGAGACUCUGGGGGGAUGAUAUGUACGAUAGAUUGAUCGCUAACGGUGUCCGAAUGUUGAGUAUGAA